CAAAAUAUAGCGCUUCCCUUAUCCCUUUCCUGACAGUGCGCAUAUCUUAGCCUCAUCCAAACAUUUGUUGGUGUCACUUGUUCAGAACCCAAGAAGAAGAGACGAGCGGUCCUGUUGGUUCAGUUCACUAUGGCAUCUCCCAGCACACCGCCGCCUCGAGCACGAAUUCAUACUCCUCCUCGUCACUCUCGCAUCCACACCCCUCCGGCUCCUCUGCAUGGCGCUCGACAUGACCGCUGGGAGCCAUAUUCACCACGACGAUCCACACGAGUUGCAUCGCAACAGAGCAAAUAUUCCUCUACCCCGACAACAUCACUUUCCCAACUCACACCUAACACAAGCUCCAACUUCACUUCACUUUCACUUUCAUCAUAUGCAAGAAACAAUAUGCGGCAAACGACACCUACUCCAUCGACUUCCGUGCGCUCCUCCAAACGAAAGCACAAGCUACCUGAAUAUUCUGAAUUAUCACCUCCUGGUUCACCGCACCACUCUGAUUCACACCCCUCGCCGAGCAAGUCUUCCAAAUCAAAGUCGCCUACACAAUCACGACGUGUGACAGCCAAGACAAUGGAGGAAGACAAAGAGGUUUUCAGCAUGCCGCAACCUAGUGGUCAUCAAUCUGGAGCUUCACUUCUACCCUUCACUGGAGCCGGUGUUUACCCAACGCCUGCCAGGACUCCACGCAAACGUGAUGUCCCCCGCUCAGCCAUCCAGGCGGCGGCCCGUCCGCUAUUCGGAAGCCGUACUGCCACAAUAGAGGAUGCAAUGCCUCCACCACGCCGUCGCCGAGGCAAGUUUGUGCUCGACGGUUGGAAUGAUGAUCUUGAUAUGGCAGAUGCAGACAACGAGGGCGUCGAGGUCUACACCGAUCCCAAGGAGCGACGACCCGAGCUUGACCGGAGUGAGGACAACCCAUUCAUAAGUCGCGCCAAGGACGAGUCUGCUGCGAUCGAAGUGAAGCCAGCGCCCAAGACCCGGAGCCAGAGGAAGUCGAAGGAUCAGGUGGAAGAGGAGAAGCGAAUGGAAGAAGCAGUUCAACGGAACGAAGGAUUGAUUUACGUCUUCCGGGGGAAGAAGACGUUCAAACCUUUCACGGACCGCCAACCUCCGACCUCGCCCACCCCCGGAAGAGUCUCGAAGGAUUCUCGACUUCGAGCCGCAGAUUCUUCACCGGAAACCGUCAACAACCACGCCAAGGCUUUGGCGGAAGAAUAUCCCAUGAGUGCUACCGUCGCUCGUUCCGCAGGAGCGGCCGCCGACCGGCCACUUCUUCGAUCCAGCCAACGCAUUGCACGCCGACUCUUCCCAAACGAUGACGAACCCUCUUCCAGUAACGCAAAGGCCGCACGAGGCCAAACGAAGGAUGAAGGUGUCCCGGUUGAGCCAACUCCAGUGGAGCCUGUGGACGAGAAUGACGAAGAGGCAUUGACGGACGUUGACAACGAAACGGUUCGCCAAUACACCGAAAGUCUGCGUUCCGCUUCUGUCAGCUUCUCCGUGUCUGCCUUUGCCUCCUCCCAUUCGACGAACCUCACCCAACCCGACCAGUCUCCGUCCUUCAGGCCUCAAGCUCAACCGAAAGCUCGGGCAUCCACUCGGGCAUCGACUCGAGCAUCUACUCGGAUCCGCCGAGCGGCUCAGAAGACCCCCUCGGUCGACCUGGAGCCUGAGACCGGCGCGGAGGCUGAUGAUGAGCGAACCGUACCGACGACGCGGAAGAGUCGUCGUGGCAGGAAAUCCAAAGAACCCGUUUCGAUCUUCGAAGAUUCGGAUCCUCCUGCAGUCCCAGCCGACCAUGAUAUGAUGGACAUCGACGCUCGUGCCACUGAUAUUCCGCAGUCUCCCGCAACCGUUCCCCAUCUCGCGGCGGAGACGCCCACCACUGCCGAGGCGUUUCCCAUCAACGACGCCGUCGACAAACUGCAGGUCGAGAAGACGCGCACUCAAAGCCCAUUCAACAGAUGGCGUCGCACGAAGCGCGGAGGAUCCGUUUCCCCGGACAUGAGGCGGAAAGUGACUGGAUUGGAUGGCCAAGUCAAUGAACCGGAGCUGCCAUCGAGUCUGCCCAUGAAGCGUGAGCUUGAUGAAGGCGUUGGAAAAGAGAGGAAGAGACUUCGGGGGUGAAAUGGUGGUUGACAUGCACCAAUUGAGAGGCGAUGAUGCCUUUCAAUUGAAGAGGUUAAGUCCUUGUGAUGAUGUGGAACGUCUUUUACAUGCCAAUCUCCAGGCGGUGGUUGUGAGAAGACGAUAUGAAAUGCCCUGACGACAUUGGGGAUACCUUGUUUCAAUGUUUGGGGACUUGCUCUACUGGCUUCGGCUGAUGUCCUCACCUUAGGAUAGUCAUCUGAGAUUUUUGUU